GGAGGAAGUCAGUGUCCCUUUGGGCGGGUGUUGUGCUGGCUCUGUCAGCCGAGCAUGGCCCCGGCUGCAGGACAACCCCGCUGGCGCCGCCGUCCUGCCGGGGCCGGAGUUGGGGGGAUGUCCUUGGCCUUCCCUGUGGGCCGGAGGCAAAUCCCCUGCCUGUCCUUCUUGCUUCCUGCCCCAGGCCCCGAGCUGAGGACGGAGAGCCCGGAGGACAAAUCCCCCCGUGAGACCCUGGUGGGAGAGGCCGUUUUGAAGGGCUCCCUGGCGCAGGAAGGCAGCGGGGAGGAAAAGGGCCGGAGAUCCCCCCGCAGGAGGGGCUCCAAAGCCAUCCCAGGGUGCUCUGAGGAGGAAAGAGCCAGCCUGUGCCAGGAAGGCGGCCGGAGCUUGAGCCAGAGCUCUGAGCUGGUGGUCCCUGAGCAGCCUCCCAGCAGAGAGAAGACCCUCAGGUGCUUGGAAUGUGGGAAGAGCUUCAAGAACAGCUCCCACCUGAUCCGACACCAGCAGAUCCACACUGGGGCACGUCCCUACACGUGUGGGGAAUGUGGGAAGAGCUUCAACCAGAGCUCCCACCUGUUCAAACACCAGUGCGUCCACACUGGGGAAUGGCCCUACAAAUGUGGGGAAUGUGGGAAGAGCUUCAGUGACAGCUUCAGCCUGAUCCGACACCUGCACAUCCACACCGGGGAACGGCCGUACACGUGUGAGGAAUGUGGGAAGAGCUUCAGGGACAGCUGCAACCUGAUCCGACACCUGCACAUCCACACUGGGGAACGGCCCUACACGUGUGGGGAAUGUGGGAAGAGCUUCAGGGACAGCUGCAGCCUGAUCCGACACCUGCACAUCCACACUGGGGAACGGCCCUACACGUGUGGGGAAUGUGGGAAGAGCUUCAGGGACAGCUGCAGCCUCCGCACCCACCAGCUCAUCCACACUAGGGAACAGCCCUACCUCUGUCAGAAAUGUGGGAAGAGCUUUAGGAAGAGCUCCAGCCUGAUCCAACACCAGCACAUCCACACUGGGGAAAGUCCCUACCUCUGUGAGGAAUGUGGGAAGAGCUUUAGGAGCAGCUCCAACCUCAUCACCCACAAGCGCAUCCACACUGGUGAACGGCCCUACAAGUGCUUGCAAUGUGGGAAGAGGUUUCAGACCAGCUCAAGUCUCCUCAGACAUGAGCGGACGCACACGGAUGAGAGGCCCUUCUGCUGCACUGACUGCGGGAAGGGCUUCAACCGGAACUCCCACCUCAUCACCCACCGGCGCAUCCACACCGGGGAGAGGCCCUACAAGUGUGGGGAGUGUGGGAAGACCUUCCCCCACAGCUCUACCUUGACCAAACACCAACGGACCCACCAGUAAGGGAAGCCCUACCAGUGCCCCGACUGCGGGAAGAGCUUCGGCUGCUGCUUCCACCCCGAAUGAACCCCCUGAUGGUGAGGCAACCCUUGGAGUCCAGUGACUGUCAGUCCAUCCCUUUUGACCACAAAGGGCCAGUCCCCUUUCCCAGGGGCAGCUUCUUCCAAUAGAACCCUUCUUGGAGGGGUGUGUGGAGAUUCCUGCCUUGGCUGGGGACCCCCCCAAGGUCACUGCUGGAGGCUGAGAGCAGAGAUCUCCCCCCGAGCGUUGGUCUGGGGGAGUUCCAUCCAUCUCUAAUUAAGAAUUACUGCUUUUGUGCCAGCUUGAGUAGAAUUGCUUCAACAAUUGCUUUAGUGUAGAGCACUGUCCUGUCUUAUCCUGUACUCUGGUAGUUUUAGUGUUUCUCUUGUGCAGUAAAUAAUUCUGAUGAAGAUCUUUUGUCUGAUCAUUUGGAACCCUAAAUAAAUUCAUUUCUAUCAAUA